UUGUACCACAAAGACGACUCUCGUGUUUUUAAUGGUCAAUCUGUCAUAACAUUAAUUUAUGUAAAGAUUGAGCUGCUGGUUGCCCGGUUGAGAGGUUAAUGCAGUUUGACAUAUAGAAAAAAGGGGAGGUGGAGCAGCAGAGAAAGCAAUGGAAGAUUCAGGGAGAAGAGGGAAUAAUAAUAAUAAUACAACGAAGAAGAAGAUGGUGAAACAGCUGACUGGUAAAAGAGGGGACACCCAACUCCACUCAGCAGCCAGAGCUGGGAAUCUUGGAGAGGUUUUGGGGAUGAUCAGUGGGUGUGAAGAGGGAGGGGAGAGAGAUGAGGUUUUGUCCAGGCAAAACCAGUCUGGAGAAACAGCCCUUUAUAUUGCUGCAGAGUAUGGGUAUGUGGAUUUGGUGAAGGAGAUGAUCAAACACUAUGUUCUUCGAUCUGCAGGUCUCAAAGCCAGAAAUGGGUUUGAUGCCUUUCAUGUUGCUGCCAAGCAAGGAGAUGUUGAAAUGAUGAGGGUCCUUUUGGAGGCAUUUCCUCAACUGUCAGUGACAUUUGAUCAAUCAAACACCACAGCCUUGCUCACUGCAGCUGCACAAGGCCACAUCGAGGCUGUCGAUUUUCUACUGGAGACGAACAACAGCUUAGCCGCCAUACCGAGAAACAAUGGGAAGACAGCGCUGCACGCUUCUGCAAGAAACGGGCACGUUGAAGUGGUGAAAGCCCUUUUGAGCAAAGAGCACAGGAUUGCGACGUGGAGUGACAAAAAGGGGCAGACGGCUCUUCACAUGGCUGUCAAGGGGCAGAGUGUCGAAGUGGUUAACGAACUUGUUAUGUCGGAGGCGUCUUUGGCUACAAUGGUUGACGCUAAGGGCAACACUGCAUUGCAUAUUGCAGCUCGGAAAGGCCGCUUGGAGAUUGUUAAAGCUCUGCUAAAACACAAAGAAAUCAGAGGGGAAGCCAUUAAUAAAUCUGGUGAGACUGCACUUGACACUGCUGAGAAAAAUGGACAGUCUGAGAUUGCAGCAUUGCUAAAGGAGCAUGGAUUCCAGACUGCAUCGGUGCCAAAGCGUUCGGCCAAGGAGCUGAAACAAACCGUUAGCGACAUAAAACACGACGUCCACGACCAGCUGGUGCACACACGCCAAACGCAGAGGCGUGUGCACAAGAUAGCCAAGCGGCUCAACAAAAUGCACUCGGAAGGGCUUAACAACGCGAUAAACUCCACCACAGUAGUUGCGGUCCUCAUAGCCACGGUUGCCUUUGCUGCCAUAUACAAUCUCCCGGGGCAGUAUGCCGAUGAUCCCAAGACUAAUCCCCCUGCACUCUCCCCCGGAGAGGCGAGAAUCGCCCCACAACCCCCCUUCACGGUCUUCUUCAUAUUCGACUCUCUGGCACUCUUCAUAUCGCUGGCAGUCGUGGUGGUCCAGACAUCAGUAGUCGUGGUUGAAAGAAAAGCAAAGAAGCAAAUGAUGGCAGUUAUCAACAAGCUAAUGUGGCUCGCCUGUGCAUUCGUGUCGGUGGCUUUUCUAGCACUGUCCUAUAUCGUUGUAGGAGAAGAGCAGAAGUGGCUGGCGAUUGGGGUAACCGUAACGGGAACUUUUAUCAUGGUUGCAACGCUGGGAACACUCUGCUAUUGGGUGAUUAUGCACCGAAUCGAGGCUUCGAACUUGAGGAAUCUCAGCAAGUCAGCCAGGAGUAGCAUGUCUCAAUCAUGGUCUGUGUCUGUUAUGUCAGAUCCAGAGGUUCCUGAUGAUGAGUUCAAGAAACUCUAUGCCAUUUGAGUUUUGAUCAGUUGGGAAAAGACGAAUCUCGUCUUGUGAUAUUAGCGGGGAGUCAAACUUAGAACCUUGUGGUUAUUGGGCAACCAAUUAACCUGACAAACUUGACUAGAUUACAACAUUUUGUCAAGAAGGGCACAGGCCCCAUAGAAGUAAUUGCAGAAUAUUUAGCCUUUAUAUAUAGGUAUAAGAUACAUGAAAGGGAAUAUAGAACACGCUUUUCUUGUUUGAAUUAAAGGAGUAGUCUCAAUUAA